UUAUGCAUUUCAGAAGUAGAGGUCAGAGCCUUGGCAAAAGAGAGACAAAAGAAAGACAACCACAACCUCAUUGAAAGGAGGCGGCGUUUUAAUAUAAAUGAUAGAAUUAAGGAGCUGGGGGCAUUAAUUCCCAGGUCAAAUGAUCCAGACAUGAGGUGGAAUAAGGGCACCAUCCUGAAAGCUUCAGUGGAUUAUAUUAAGAAACUGCAGAAAGAGCAGCAAAAAGCAAAAGAGCUGGAAAACAGACAAAAGAGACUAGAACAUGCAAACAGACAUCUCCUGCUUCGUAUUCAGGUAAACCUAAUAAUAAACCAAAGCUCACAACACAUACUGUGAUUGGUUAAAA